CUCUCAAACACUCUUACCGAUUUCACGGCGUUUUCGUGGUGACUGUUUCUUCUCUCUCUCUCUAUCUCUCUCUCACACACAUUCUUCUAUGAAAGAAAUAAGCUAGAGAUCAACAGUCACAUUCUUCUAUGAAAGAAAUAGGCUAGAGAUCAACAGUUGUGUGUGUAUAAUAUAAUAAUAUUUACACAUUGCUUAAAAAUCUUAUCUGCUAGAUCUGCUUCGCACUCGCAUUAUCUCCUUUGAAGAACCAUCAAUUCUUCUUCUUCUUCUUCUUCUGUUUCUGUCUUUACAGUUUCAGAAUGGAUCGAUAAGCCUUUGGUUGUUCUUAUUGUCCUCUCAGAUCUGUCAUAUCAAUUGCAGAGGGAUUGUAACAGUUUAAAGAGAUGUAUCUGAUUGUUUCUUUACUCCAGGUGUAAAAUUCUAAGGAAUAAUUGGCAUUAAUAAACAUGGCAUUAGGUAAAUACUCUAGGGUUGAUGGUAGAAAAUCUUCCUCGAGUUACUGUUCAACGGUGACUCUUGUUGUGUUCGUGGCCCUUUGCUUAGUUGGGGUAUGGAUGAUGACAUCAUCCUCCAUAGUUCCCGUUCAAAAUGUAGACGUGUCCUCUCAGGAAAACAAAAAUGAGGUGAAGGAACAAGCGAGCGAGAGCAAUGAGAAAAACCCUAGGAGUGAGAAUAAUGAGAGCAAUCCUAAGCAGUUUGAGGAUAACCGUGGUGAUUUACCUGAGGAUGCAACAAAAGGCGACAACAAUGUAAAUGUAGCUCACGAGGAAAACAAUAAUAAUUCUCAGGAAAAUUCAAACACUUCUGGAAAAACAAGUGAGAAUGCCGCAGAGGGAAACGAAGAAGAGAAGCCUGAAAAUAAGCCUGUAAAGGAGAAUGUAGAGGAAGAGACUAAGUCGACAGAUGCUCCUAAAACCGAGACGGAAAAUGGAGCAGGAAAAACUGACGAUGGGGAAUCUAAGAUGGAGGGCAAAGAUUCUGAAGCUGGGGAGACAAAAACAGACAGUAGGGAUCGUAACUCUGGUAGACAAGGGGACUCUGAAGACAAGAAACCUGAUUUAGAUGAGAGUGAGAAAAAAUCAGAGAAGUCAGUUCAGACAAAAGAUGGGGGUAAAGUGGAUGGUCAAAUAGAAGAGAAGGUGGAGCAAAAUGAAAAUAAGGAGCCAGAUCAAAGCUCUGAAAAGAAAAAUGUGGACGGACCGGAUCUGGUUCCAGGAGAGGCAUUUCCCUCUGUGGCUCAGUCAGAUCUUUUGAAUGAAACUACAACUCAAAAUGGGGCAUGGUCAACUCAGGCAUCAGAGUCAAAAAAUGAAAAGGAGAAGCAGAAGUCGUCAGAACCAAAUGAACAAGCAGGGUACAAGUGGAAAGUUUGCAAUGCCACUGCUGGGCCAGAUUACAUCCCUUGCCUUGAUAAUCUGCAAGCGAUUAAGAGCCUUCGAACUACUAAGCACUAUGAACAUAGGGAAAGGCACUGUCCAGAGGAUCCCCCCACCUGCCUUGUUCCUCUACCAGAAGGGUACCAACGCUCAAUUGAGUGGCCUAAUAGCAGGGAAAAGAUAUGGUAUCAUAAUGUUCCCCAUACCAAACUUGCGCAAGUUAAAGGGCAUCAAAACUGGGUCAAAGUUAGUGGUGAUUACCUUACCUUUCCUGGUGGUGGGACCCAGUUUAAGUUCGGUGCUCUUCAUUAUAUUGAUUUUAUACAACAGUCUGUGCCUGAGAUUGCCUGGGGAAAACGAACCCGUGUGGUAUUAGAUGUUGGAUGUGGAGUUGCUAGCUUUGGAGGCUAUCUCUUUGAAAGAGAUGUGCUCACAAUGUCAUUUGCCCCAAAAGAUGAACAUGAAGCCCAGGUUCAAUUUGCACUUGAAAGGGGAAUCCCUGCUAUAUCUGCUGUGAUGGGCACUAAGAGACUUCCGUUCCCAGCCAGAGUCUUUGAUGCUUUGCACUGUGCACGGUGUAGGGUCCCCUGGCAUAUUGAAGGCGGUAAACUUCUAUUGGAGCUAAAUCGUGUACUGCGACCUGGUGGUUUCUUCAUCUGGUCUGCUACUCCUGUGUACCAGAAAGAUGCAGAAGAUGUCGAGAUUUGGGCAGCCAUGAAGAAACUAACCAAGGCAAUGUGCUGGGAAGUUGUGCAAAUAACUAAGGAUAGAUUGAAUAAAGUGGGAAUUGCUAUAUAUCAGAAACCUACUUCAAAUGAGUGCUAUGAGCAACGAUCACAAAAUGAGCCUCCUCUCUGCCUAGAAUCUGAUGAUCCAAAUGCAGCCUGGAACGUGCCAUUGCAAUCAUGUAUGCACAAAGUGCCUGCUGAUGCAACGGAGCGCGGGUCUCAAUGGCCAGAACAAUGGGCAACAAGAUUGGUGAAACCACCUUAUUGGUUGUUGAGUUCCCAGGUUGGAGUUUAUGGGAAGCCGGCACCUGAGGAUUUCACUAUAGACUAUGAACACUGGAAACGUGUGGUGACUAAGUCAUAUCUUACUGGGAUGGGGAUUAGUUGGUCUACUGUGAGGAAUGUCAUGGACAUGAAAGCUAUCUAUGGAGGAUUUGCUGCUGCUCUAAAAGACAUGAACGUGUGGGUGAUGAAUGUGGUCCCAUUAGACUCUCCAGAUACACUGCCCAUAAUAUUUGAACGAGGUCUAUUUGGAAUUUAUCACGAUUGGUGCGAGUCAUUUAGCACCUAUCCUAGAUCAUAUGAUCUUCUCCAUGCGGAUCAUCUCUUCUCCAAGAUUAAAACGAAGUGCAAUUUAGCAGCUGUGGUUGCUGAGACUGAUAGGAUUCUAAGACCAGAGGGAAAGCUUAUUGUACGUGACAAAGUUGAGACCAUCAAUGAGCUGGAGAGCUUGCUGAGGGCUAUGCACUGGGAGAUUCGCAUGACCUACUCGAAGGACAAGGAAGGAUUGCUAUGCGCCCAAAAGACCAUGUGGCGCCCCACAGAGGUGGAGACACUCACAUAUGCGAUUGGUGAAAUACGCUAGAGCGAUAUGCUAUUGUACCAUUGGUGAAAUAUAUGAUUUCUCUCGUCAGUUGUGCUUUUGUAUUCUUGAGGCAUUAAUGCCACUGGGAAAUAGGUGAUUCUUUUUUGUUAUGGUUACUUGCUAAUUCCAAAUCGAUGGUUACUUGUAAGUGUACUUAGCCCAAUGUAUUAUUUCUAUUAACGAUGCCAUUACUGCCUCGUUUUUUGUUUUGUUUUUGUCAUAAUUAGGAUUUUGGUGUCUACAUUUUGUAAGGUGGUGUUCGGGAUUUUCAUUGUAAUAUUACAUAUUAGUUAUUGAUGGAAUAUGAACUCAUUCUUGAAUGUGUAAA